AUGCGCCGAAUUUGUGGUCAGAAUAGCCGUGUGGUAGAGGAAAGGGAGGAAAAGGUAGCAAUGGCAAAAGAAGGAAAAGGAAUAGAAGGCUUGAAAGGGGUGUUGAGCUGCUGGGCAACAUGGGCUUCUAAGAAAUGGCAACUUGAACAACUGAAGGAAGAAGUCAGGACGGAGCUUCAUGCAACUGCAAAAAAUCCUUCACAACAGCUGCAAUUGAUCGAUGUGAUUCAACGACUAGGUGUAGAAUAUCAUUUUCAAGAGGAGAUCGGUCAGGCUUUACGCAAAAUGCAUGAGAAACAUCAGAACUGGGAGGACAUUGACCACAUUUAUACUGCUGCUCUCUAUUUCCGCAUUCUAAGACAAGAAGGGUUCAGAGUUUCAUCAGAUUCUGCUUUGGCUUUUAGUAGUAAUCAUCUUCAGUCAUUACCUAACAAGUUAAACAGUCCACUUGAUGAGCUAGUAAGUCACGCACUAAUGCAGCCUAAUUGGAGGGGUUUACCAAGAUUAGAGGCCAGGAAUUACAUAUCUGUUUAUGAAAAAGAUCAUUCACAUAAGACAACUUUACUAAAGCUGGCUAAGCUGGAUUUUAACAUGCUACAAUCUCUGCACAAGGAGGAGCUACAUGAAAUAUCCCUGUGGUGGAAAGAAUUAGACUUUGCCCGAAAACUUCCAUUUGCUAGAGAUCGAAUUGUUGUGGACUACUUAUGGAUUGUGGGAGUCUAUUUUGAGCCUCAAUAUGGUCUUCCCAGAAAGAUUCUGUCAAAAGUUAUCGCAAUGGCAUCCGUAAUUGAUGAUGUCUAUGAUGUUUACGGGACUUACAAAGAACUUGAAAUCUUCACAGAAGCGAUCGAAAGAUGGGAUGUUGGCUGCAUAAAACAACUCCCAGAUUACAUGAAGAUUUGUUACCAAACACUCUUAGAUGUGUUUGAAGAAAUUGAGCAAGCUAUGGUCAAAACAGGAAGAUCAUAUCAAUCAUAUUAUGCGAAGGAAGCAAUGAAGAUGCUGAUUCGUGCCUACUUUGCUGAGGCUAAGUGGCUAGGGAUGGCAAUGGGGGCGGGGAGUUUCGUCUAG